AGGACCAGAGCAGUCUUAGCUGAAAAGAAACAACCAUGAUACUGCUUUUACUGUCGCUCCUUCUGGUGUCGUCUCAGUCUUAUUCCUUUCCAACAGAGCUCACCUUGCCUGAACAUCAGACAGAAACUAGGUUACGCUUUGCAGCUCUGGACGAAGUUCGGCUUUUGGCGAACGGCCUCCUACAGCUGGGCCAUAGCCUGAAGGACUUUGUGCAGAAUACCAAGAAUCAGAUCAAUGAUAUAUCCCAAAAGCUCAACAUCUUUGACAAAUCCUUCUACCAACUUUCUGCGCUGGCCAGUGAAAUCAAGGAGGAGGAGGAGGAACUGAAGAAGACCACUGUGUUCUUAAAGGCAAAUAAUGAGGAAAUAAAGAGUAUGUCCCUGGAGAUCAACUCCAAAGUGGAAGAUAUCAUAAAAGAGAGGAACCAUCUGAGGAGUCAGGUGGGAGGCUUGGAGGAGAAGUUAAGUGGUCUGUCCCAGAGUUUGCUCUCAACUGAGCAGGUUGCUGAAAUCUCCACAUUCAAGGAGAUCAUCCAGACCCAGGAAAAGAGCAUCACUGAUCUGCUGAAGGCUGUGAAUGAGCAAAGUGAGCAGCUCAACAACCAAAGGACCAAGAUCAAGGGCCUGGAAAAUAAACUCAGCAUCCAGGAAACUGCUGAAAACUUAAGGAACCGCCAAACCAACAGCCUCUCAGGAUACCUGCCGUACAUCACAUCCGAUGGGAGCUUCUCAAGCGAUCUUCCAAAAGACUGCGGGGAGGUCUUCAACCGAGGACAGAAAUCCAGCGGCCUGUAUGCUAUUAAACCACACGAGUCAAAACCCUUUCUUGUGAAUUGUGAAUUCACCGAGGAGGGGGUGUUCACUGUCAUCCAGCGCAGACAUGACGGCUCUGUGGACUUUGACCAGUCCUGGGAGAAGUAUGAAGAUGGAUUUGGAGACUUCAGCAGUGAGUUCUGGCUGGGGCUGAAGAAGAUCUAUGCUGUUGCCCGUCAGGGACAAUCUCUCCUGCACGUCCAGAUAGAGGACUGGGGGAAGCAGAAGCAUUUCAUAGUUUAUCAGUAUAUCCUGGAGGACGCUGCCUCCAACUACACCAUCCAUCUGAAGCUGCAGUCGGCUGAGUCCAGCUCUGCUGUGGACGAACACACUGGAUUCAGGUUCUCCACUAAAGACCACAACGAUGGAAACCAGCAUCCAAACUGUACCCAAGACUACACAGGUGGGUGGUGGUUUAGCAUUUGCGGCGACAUUAACCUGAAUGGCAAGUGUAUUCAGAGCAGACCUCGUAAAAAGGGAACCCACUGGAAACCUGGCAGGGGAACCACCAUCUUCAAGGCCUCAAAAAUCUCCAUUAGUCAUCUCACAAAGCCACAAACCCCUUAGUAUCAACAGUAUGUGCAGAAACACAUGGGAUUAUCAGAGCUCCAAUACACAUUCAUGUUGAACAACUGAAUACUAUUUUUUUUUACAAAAUAACUUUUUAAUGGACAUGACAAAGUUUGUUGAGUAUAAACAUAUCAAGUAUGCUGCAGUAAAAAUGGGACAUUUACACUAUGAUUAGGCCACUGGACAUAUGAUUCAGUUUCUCCACCAGUCAUCUUAAUUACAUUGCAAUCAGUCCAACCAGGAAACCUCUCAUUUAACCUUCUGAAAGCCAGUUUCAUCCAUGUGCUUGAAUGUCAUGUUGACUGUCAUUUGCUAUUUUUGAACUACAUUUCAAUAUAUAUUCUCUUAUAUAUA